AUGCCGCUCGCAAAGUCCAAGGCCGCCGUAGGGCUUGGCAACUCGCUGAUGAACGAUCGGUUUGGAAAGGGCAAAGGAUCGGAUCGCAGAAAGGGAGGCGGCGUCACCAGAACGAACCAUGCGACCGGCGAACAGUACAUUACCAACGAAAAGAAGGAGGCAUCAUGGGUCAAAAUGCGCUCCGUCACACAGCAGUCCGCCAUGGAUGAGUUCCUGGCCACUGCCGAGCUGGCCGGCACCGACUUCACGGCCGAGAAGAUGAACAAUGUCAAGAUCAUUCACACCGACCAGCGCAAUCCUUACCUGCUGUCGUCCACCGAAGAGUCUCAAGUCAGGGGAAAGCACAACAAGCACAAAUCCAGGCUGACAGUCCCAAGGCGGCCGCAGUGGGAUGAGAACACCACCCCAGAGCAACUCGACGUCUUGGAGCGCGAGAGCUUCCUCAACUGGCGCCGCGGUCUUGCCGAGCUGCAGCAGAACAACGACCUGCUCAUGACUCCCUUUGAGCGCAACUUGGAGGUUUGGCGACAGUUGUGGCGUGUCAUUGAGCGCAGUCACCUCGUGGUGCAGAUUGUAGAUGCGCGAAACCCUCUCAUGUUCCGUUCCGAGGAUCUGGAAGCUUACGUCAAGGACGUUGACGAGAAGAAGGAGAACUUGCUGUUGGUGAACAAGGCAGAUAUGAUGACAACAAGCCAGAGAAAGACGUGGGCCAAAUACUUCAAGAGCAAUAACAUCGCGUACCGUUUCUUCUCGGCCCACCUCGCCAAGGAGUUGCUCGAGGCUGAAGAUGAUGAAGAUGAGCAUGAGGAUGGUAUUCAUCAAGGCCAAAGCUCAAGCGCAUCACAAAAACCAGCAUCAAAGAAGACCUCCGACGAGUCAUCAGAAGACGAGAGCGAGGAUGAAGAUGAUGAAGACCAUGACGAGACUACUGGCGCGAGUCUGGACCAGGAUCUUGAAGACGAAGACAUUAGAAUCCUGACUGUUGAGGAACUAGAAGACAUCUUCUUGGCUCAUGCGCCAGAACCCAAUCCUGAUAACCCCGACGAAAAGCUCCAAAUUGGUCUUGUCGGUUAUCCAAACGUCGGAAAGUCGUCAACUAUCAAUGCUUUGAUUGGUGCCAAGAAGGUUUCUGUCUCGUCCACGCCUGGAAAGACGAAACACUUCCAGACAAUUCACCUCAGUGACAAGGUCAUUUUGUGUGAUUGCCCCGGUUUGGUCUUCCCCAACUUUGCUACAACGAAUGCCGACCUGGUCUGCAAUGGUGUUUUGCCCAUUGACCAAUUGCGAGAGUACACCGGCCCAGCAACCCUUGUUGCCCACCGCAUUCCACAGCCAUUCUUGGAGGCCAUUUAUGGCAUCCAUAUCAAGACCCGUCCGCUCGAAGAAGGAGGUACUGGAACUCCGACCUCCAGUGAACUGCUGUCUGCCUACGCCAAGGCCCGCGGCUUCCAGACGCAAGGUGUUGGUCAACCAGAUGAGUCCCGUGCAGCACGAUUUGUGUUGAAGGACUACGUCAAUGGUAAGCUCCUAUACUGUGAGCCGCCACCUGGAUACCCCGAUUCUGCAGAGUUCAACCACGAGUUGUAUGAUUCAGCACACUUGCCUGAAAAGCGCCGUGCCCAGCUUCGACAUGCCAUGGAGGCCAUGGAGCUUCCCGAUGACAUGUCUGUAGCCGACAGUGAAUUUCAACCACUCCCUACUGGUGCCAAGUCGCAGCGGAUCGACAAACAAUUCUUUACCAAAGAUCGCAACAACGCCGGGCACCUAAACAUGCCCUUCAGCUACAAGUACACGCAACAGGGUCAAGCCAAGGUCGCGCAAGGGAAGCACCUGAGUGGUCGCAAGGCCAAGGCCAUGAUUGCGCUCGAGACCGGCAUGGAUCCAAAGGACAUUCAGAUUGGAAGUAGUAAGAAGCAUUUCAAAGGUGGCGCCAAGGGCAAGAAGAAGAAGGCUGCCGAUGAGGAUGACUAG